UAGAAAAAAGAAAAUGAAAACAAAAGGUCACGUCGCUCCUCUCUCGACCUCGUAGCCCAAAGCCUGGGUUAACCCAUCCGCUCUGUCUUCUUCUUCUCUCUCUCUCUCCUCUCUCCGUUUGUUCAGUUCAAGAAAAGGGAAAUUGGGUUGAUCCACUUUUCUCUUUCGUCUUCCUAAAGUUUGCGGGUCUUUGUUGUUCUCAAUCUUUGUUGCUUGAGUUGUUUGGGGAAUUUAUUGAAAUGGGUGGGUACUGUUUGGAUCUUUCUUGGUGGGUGUCUUUCAUUCGUUUCUAUGGCUCAUUUGGAAUGAAAAUAUUGAGUUGUGUUGGGCUUUUACGUUGUGUGUAGUGGGAACUUUUGAAGUUUUGUUCUUGUAUGCUUUGUUUGGACUAUGGAAUAUAGUUUCAAUUUUUUUCGUUUCUUGCUUUGUAUUUGGUGAAAUCGGUCUCAACUUGGGCAGAAAUUAAUGCCCUCAACUAAGUUAAGCUCUCAUUUUUCUAUUUCCUUAAGAAUUUGGCUAAUUAUACGAUGAUUUCUGUGGCUGGAGUAGAAUGUUUUUGUGACUGUUGGUGGGAUUUGGGCAUUUAUGUGUUUAAAAUUUUUUGUUGUUCUGUUGGAUGAAUUUGGUAUGAUUGAUUUAUUUCAAUCUUUACUCAAUCGUGAGUACUUUUUUAAUAUAGUUUUUAGAAGGUAUUAGUUGUACCACUUCUUUCGAUAGUGUACAAUUUUCCGACUUUAGUAUAGUCCAAGUGGUUAAGACAAUUGCUCUCAACCAAGAGGGCUAAAGAUAGGUUCGAAUCAUCAGCCCACUUGUUUUUUUUUUUUUUUUACUAAGAAUUAAACACAAAACAAACAAAAAAAAAUGAGUCAUCUAUCUUCAUUUUUAUGUGAACAGAGUUAAAUUCUAAGCGCUGAGAUAUUUCAUGAGAUCUUGGGUACUUUUUGUCUGAAGAGUAUGUCCCCAUCUUUCCAUAGUUAAACAAGGAUAGUUAGACUGAAGAUGAGUAGGCCUAGCAGUAUGUAUGCUUGCUAGCAGCCAUGUAAUUUCAUCGGAGUGGAGUUCUUUUGUAAAUGUUCCAUUCAUUGCCUUGGGACUUAGCUCAAUCUUCUAAUGUUUCGUUAAAAUCUAAAAAAUGAUGGAAGUAUGGACAUCAUAUAGGGUUAUGUUUGUGCAAGUAUGUUUUUGUUGAAAAACCAAAAAACGGACUACAAAUGGUAUCAAGAGUGUGGUAGAUGAAAAAUAUGAAGUGUUUGAUCUCUGGGUUUUCUGAUUGUUAUAUAUGCAUAAACGAUAAAUUUUGUUGAUGGUUGGAUCUGAGUGGUAUGUAUGGAUUCUAAAAUGAUGGUUUCUUUCAUUUCAGCUCGGCUUUUAUGAUAUAUGGUUUGGUUCUUUAAUUCUUUUUUUAUGUCGUAUCAGUUGUUUUUUAUUUAAUCCACCCGUUGAAGUUGAUUUAGUGAAUAUAUAUUGCGAAGUAAGACAUUAUGCUGAGAUAAUAUAUUUUGGUGCUUGAGGAGUUCCAGGGAUAAGUUCCGGUGUUAUUCCGCUUAUAUAUUUUAGUAAAGAGCAGGAUAAGAGAGGAUGUCAGCUGGUCGGAACACCCAUUGGUGUUAUAGAUGCAGAAGGUCGGUACGUCUCUGUGGUAGAGAUGCAGUUUGCCCCAACUGCAAUGGAGGAUUUAUCCAAGAACUUGAUGAUAUGGUGCCUGGAAAUCCAUUUGAUUUCUUUGGUCUAGAUCAUGAUGAAGAUCGCGAUCAUGGUCUGGGUGCAUUCUCUGCUUUUAUGAGACAACGUUUAGCCGAAAGAAAUGACAUGAGGGGAAGAUCAGAGUCGCUUUUUGAGCAUAGCCCGGGAUUUGGUCCUUUAUUAAUAUUUGGUGGUCAAAUACCGUUGAGAAACAGCAGGUUAGAAGCUCUCUUCAAUGGGGCUCCUGGCAUUGGUAUUACACGAGGCGAUAGUGGUGACUAUUUCAUAGGCCCUGGACUGGAGGAGCUAUUCGAACGGCUUUCAGCAAAUGGUCAUCGAGGCCCUCCACCAGCAUCUAGAUCAUCAAUCGACGCAAUGCCCACAGUUAAGAUCACACAUCGACAUCUUCGCUCAGAUUCGCAUUGUCCAGUCUGUAAAGAGAAAUUUGAACUGGGGUCUGAAGCAAGGCAGAUGGCCUGUAAUCACAUGUACCACUCAGAUUGUAUUGUUCCAUGGCUAAUCCAGCACAAUUCUUGCCCCGUCUGCCGCCAGGAACUGCCGUCACAGGGAAUAGGAGGUGGGGGUGGGGGACAUAGCACCAACGAUCAAAACCGAAGCAACAGCUAUAGCAACGGGAGUGGCUCCCGGGUCAAUCCAGGUAGACGGAAUCCAUUCUCUUAUCUGUGGCCAUUUCGGUCAUCUAGUUCCAACUCCAACCAUGGUGGAGCAGGGAGCAGUGAACCGUCGAACCACCAAAUGGGGUAUUCGGGAUAUCGAUACACUAAUUCACCAUGAAUUGAAGUUUGGAGAUUGUUUGUUUGUAGUACAAAGGGUUGAAGAUAAGCUUUGUUUGAAGAAGAUACACAGGCUGUUGUAUUUUUUGUGCAAAUUUUCCUAUGUAAAUGACCUUAUAAUUAACUUGUAGUUGCUUAUUGCUUCUGCUGAUGUUUUCUUCAUCUUCCAUGUCAAAAAGAUGACACAUCAAUUAUUAGUAUAAAAUGGGAAAAAUAUUUUACUGCC